UGCUUCACAUCUUUUCCCAUCAACACACCGUCCGUAAAUCUUUUACAAAGCUUCUUUCUUUGGCAAACACAAACAAGAGUUUUAAAAGAGAUCUGCAAAAGCAAAAUCCUCAAGUUCUUCCUUCGAACAAUAUUUGAAACAAUAGGAAACAUAUUGGAAGAGUACUAUUUUUCAGGUUGUGAAAUAUUUAUAUAUCUUGGUAGCAAUGGAAAGAAGAGUGAAUUACGAGAACGAUCUCAAUCUCAAGGCAACGGAGCUCAGAUUGGGGUUGCCCGGGAGUGAUGAGCCUGAGAAACAAUCGACUCCUUGUAUCAGAAACAAUAAGAGAUCUUCAUCAAUGAUUUCUGAGGAGUCAAGGUCUAAGAGCAGUUCUUGCGUGACAGAGGCUGGAAAUGAUGAUCACCAGGACACUGCCCCUCCUGCCAAGGCACAAGUUGUGGGAUGGCCACCAAUCCGAUCUUACAGGAAAAAUUGUUUACGGACCAAGAACAUUGAGGUUGAAGGGGCAGGGAUGUACGUGAAAGUAAGCGUUGAUGGAGCUCCUUAUCUCAGGAAGAUUGAUCUCAAGGUUUACAGAAGCUACGCGGAGCUGCUCAAGGCUUUGGAAAACAUGUUCAAGCUCACCAUUGGUGCAUACUUAGAGAGGGAAGGCUACAAUGGAUCUGAUUAUGCUCCUACUUAUGAAGACAAAGACGGUGAUUGGAUGCUUGUUGGAGAUGUUCCCUGGGAAAUGUUCAUCUCCUCCUGCAAGAGGCUGAGAAUCAUGAAAGGAUCAGAAGCCAGAGGCUUAGGCUGUGUAUGAGUCCCACAACGAACAAAUUGUUUAACAAGAAGAGACAAGUUUACAAGAAAUUUGCUUUGGCUAGGAUAAUCCGCAAGGAAGAUCAAUCUGCUCUCCCUGAGAGGCUACUUGCUAGAGGAAAAUUUCAGAGAUUAACAAGAUCGUCUAUUUUCCCUUUCUUUUUGUUUUCUUGAAUCAUUGCCGGCUUUGGGCCUCCUCUAAUUCAAAGAUCUAUACUUCUUUAUAAAGAAUAUAGCACAAAAUCAAAAGCAGGAAACGAAUAUAGAAUACUUGAGAUCCAACUGUAAAAAGGAAAUAUUGCUUUAUCAUUUUUCCACGAUAAGCAUAUGUAACAAGAAGAUUACAUGAAAUACAGUUCCGUAUGUAUUAUUUUGAUCA